CUCAGAGAGUGCAUUGAGAAGUUGCAAAUUCUUGACACAACUGAGGAACACCAACGUAGACUUAAGUGAAAUUCCAGAAAUACACGUUGAUCUGCAUAUGGAUCCCACUUAUGAGUCUCCUGAAGAAACGGAUGAUAAGAAAGAAGAUAGUUUUAACAGGUCAAAUGUUCCUUUGUCUCGCAAGAGAGGAAGAAAUUUAUUCUCUCCUGGUAGAGAAUCAAUAUCAAGUUAUCAAUUGAAUGAGGCGUCAAGAAGUUUAACUAAUGGGAUAUCAAACAGGAAUCAUAGACCAGAAGAUGCAGAAGAUAAGAUUGCACAUAAUCAUGCAGUAAAACAAGAUGCCACUGUUUUGAACAGUCCCCAACCUGUAACUAAAGUAAAACACUCUUAUAACACUGCAUAUGAAACUGACACCAGAUGUUCAGUUGUGUCUGUGCCACAAUAUGACACUGAGCACGACAAAGUGUGGCAUUAUCAAGAUCCACCUGGAAAAAUCCAGGGUCCCUUUUCCAUUUUACAGUUGGACAAAUGGAACUCCACUGGGUUUUUCCCCUCAGAUCUUAGGGUAUGGCUAGCAUCUAAAAAUCAAGAAACAAUGUUAUUGAAUGACUUACUGUUGAAAUUUCAGCAUGUUCACAACAGAAAUCUCAAUCUGCUAAUCUUACCCAGCCUCCAAGUUUUUCAGGUGGAGCAGCUAAUGCAGGACAGAAGUUGGAUAUGGGGUUGAGAGAAAAUAAUAAUCCGUCACUGGUGGAUAUCAAGCAGAAUGAGCAUAAUUGGAAUGCAAAACAAAAUGAUGUAACUUUAUCUUCUGCUGGGUACAAUGUCUCAAACGUUGAAAUGCAGGUUCUUCAGGCAUCUAAUAACAGUGAGCAAAACAGGGAGCAUGUUACUCGAGAAAGAAGGGUUGGAGCCGCUACACAUGUCAGGGAAUCUCUAGCUGAUAUAAAUACUUGCUUUGGCCAACAGGCAAGUUAUAGCAUCCCUGAUCCAAACCCAUGUUUUUCUGCUUCCUUAAGUAGAAAUCUGUACAAUUCUCCAGCCUAUCGAGGCAUAGGAAUGCAAUUAGAAAACGGUGAGAGAUGGAGCACGAAGCAGGACCACAGGAGUUCCUGCAAUUCAGUUAGGUGUAGGCCCAUAAGACCUAGUGGUCAGGGUUAUGAAGGCCAAUAUUCUAGUCAGAAUCCUUUAAACCAACAAUCACAUCAGGUUUCUCAACUGUAUCAACCUAAUCAAUCACCCACUAAUUCAAGAAGUCAAUGGGCAAAUGAUGGAUAUGGUCUGUCUACUCCCACCCAGCAGCCAAGUAGUAUGAGCUGGACAAGCCAUCAAUCUCAUACUAUGGCACCUUCUGCAUCUGUUACUUCUAUUCAUACAGUACGCUAUGGCUGGAAUGCUAUACCAAGUGCUCAGUUGCAUCAAUUAGCUACUAACACGAUGGAUUCCAAGGCAAGUGUUCCAUUAGUGGCUGCCAUCCAUGGGUGGAGUCCAAAGUCAUCCUCAAAUGCCCUUAAUCUACAUACUGAACCAAAAGACUGGGUGUCAGAGUCGGCUACAGCAAUAUCAGCUGCUGAUACCAACCUGAAUUUUGGAAAAAUGGAUAAUUUGAAUAAUUCAUCACCAACCAAUCAGCUGAAAAAGUGUAACAUCCCAAAAUUUCACUAUUUGAAGUUCUAAAAGUCCUUAUAAAAAUCUGGAAAUGCUUUUAAAAUAUUCUAGAGAUUUUUAGGAAUUUUUAGAGUAUUUUUAUGCAAUUUUUGGAGUUCGUUUGAUAUUU